CCGAUUCAGUAUUGUCUUUCACUUAUUUUCUUUAAACGUUGUGUUUGACUUCCUCUACUAUCAGCAGCAGGAAUGGCUCAAAAUAUCGACGAAAAGGGAAGUCAUUUGGACGUAUCCUAUCCAAAUGAAAUAGAGGAAUAUCAUAGCGAAACCAACACAGCGGUCGAUGCAGAUUCCCUGGGCAAGUCGCAAGGCGGCUUUGGUGAAUCGAACGCUAACGCAGUCGAUGUCGAUGACGCCAUCAGUCAGUUUGAAGAACUUAAGCGAGAACUGACAAAUAUCAGUCGUAAAAUGACGAACGAUGGCAAAAUCGAAGAAGGUUCACCCGAUACAUUUGAUUUGACUGAAUUUUUACAUGGUGUGUCAAAGGAAAGAGGUACUGCAGGCCUCCAAGAAAAAAGGCUUGGCUUAAUCUGGAAGAACUUGACAGUGAAGGGACAAGGCGCCGACGCCAGGUCCAUUGAAACCGUUUUCUCAGGCAUCGAGAAGGUCUUAAAGUUCUGGAAAUGGGGCCGCUCCAGUGGAACCGAUCGUACGAUCUUGAAUGAUCUGACAGGGUUCGUCAAGGAUGGUGAAAUGUUACUAGUCUUGGGCCGUCCAGGUGCCGGAUGCACAUCUUUACUUCGGGUUCUUUCUGGUAUGCGAGCAUCCUUCACUGAAAUCACAGGUGAUGUCUUCUACGGCGAUAUGGAAGCUAAAGAGUUCGCCAAACAUUAUCGUGGCGAAGUUUGCUAUAACGGGGAGGAAGAUAUGAACUAUCCCACUUUGACCACCAGACAAACAUUGGAAUUUGCCUUGCGUAACAAAACUCCUGGGAAACUAUUGCCAGAGCAAACGAGAAGUGAAUUUAUCAACAAAACAUUGUAUUUGCUGGGAAACAUGCUUGGUUUGACAAAGCAGAUGGAUACCAUGGUUGGUAAUGCAUUUGUUCGAGGUCUAUCUGGUGGCGAACGCAAACGUCUUUCCAUCGCUGAGCAAAUGACCACUCGUUCUACCAUCAACUGCUGGGAUUGUUCUACUCGAGGAUUGGAUGCUUCCUCUGCUCUUGACUAUGUUCGCUCCUUAAGAAUUAUUACGAACAUCUUUCAUAACACCACCGUUUCCACCCUUUAUCAAGCAUCUGAUAGUAUUUUCAAUCUCUUUGACAAACUUUUGGUUCUUGAUGAGGGCCAUGUCAUCUACUUUGGUCCAAUCACUACGGCCAAAGCAUACUUUGAAGAUAUGGGUUUUUUCUGUCCGCCUCGAAAGUCGACGCCUGACUUUUUGACUGGAUUGUGCAACCCUCUGGAACGAGAGAUGAAACCUGGUUUUGAAGAAAAGGUACCCUUAGAAGCCGCUGCAUUUGAGGAGCGAUAUCGGUCAUCUGAAAUGUAUUCAAGGAUGCUCAAGGAACUAGCUGAAUAUGAAGAAGAAAUCGCAAGGACCAAGCCUAGUGUUCAGUUCCGGGACGCAAUGAAAGCUGAACAUCAAAAGCAUUCCCCCUUCCGUUCACCAUACACCGCAAAUUAUAUGCAACAAGUCAAGGCCCUGACCAUUCGUCAAUACCAAUUGAUUAUGGGGGACAAGGGUGCUUUGAUUACACGUUACGGUACUAUGAUUUUCCAAGGUCUCAUCAUGGCUUCAUGCUUCUACUUGAUGCCACUUACUGCCACUGGCGCUUUCUCUCGUGGAGGUGCACUGUUUUUCUGUGCCUUAUUCAACGCAUUAAUCUCUCAAUCUGCCUUGGUAACGUACAUGAUGGGUCGACCGGUUCUUGAAAAGCAUAAGCAAUAUGCACUAUACCGUCCAUCUGCAUUCUAUCUUGCUCAAGUCGUACUGGAUGUUCCGCUUGCUAUAGUUCAAGUUAUUGCAUUCCAAAUUGCUGCUUACUUCAUGAUGGGUUUGGAAUUGAAUGCUGGAAAAUUUUUCACCUUCACAGUCAUUCUCUUCUUUAUCAAUAUGACUAUGAAUGGAUUUUUCCGUUUCUGCGGUGCGGUUUCUCCCAAUUUCUUUGUGGCUACUCAACUUUCUGGUAUGGCAUUGAUUACUAUCUUUACAUACACCGGUUAUCAGAUUCAGUACUAUAGUAUGCACCCAUGGUUGUCCUGGCUUUACUGGAUUGAUCCAAUUACCUAUGGGUUUAAGGCACUUAUUUCUAAUGAAAUGAAAGGUCAACAGUAUUCUUGUGAAGGUUCAAAUUCCAUCCCAAAUGGUCCAACUUAUAACGAUCAAGCAUACAAAGCAUGCAUCAUUCAAGGUGGAGAUCCUGGAGCCAGCUAUGUCACUGGCGAUAGCUAUCUCUGGAAGGUCUUUUCCUAUGGCACAUGGCAGCUGUGGGCACCAGAUUUCAUAGCUCUCGUUGGAUUUUUCUUGCUCUUUACUAUUGCCACUGCUUCAGUUAUGGAGUGGGGAAAUGUCACCAAGGGCAAGUCACUUACCAAAGUCUACGCCAAGGGUAAGGCUCCAUGUCUCAAACCUCCUAGCGAUGACAUUAAUCGCACCCAAACUUUGACGGCAAAGUCCACUCGCCAAGUCGAGGAAGAAAUGGAAGCUGUUGCUGAAGGAACCACCUUCUCAUGGCAACACAUCAACUAUACCGUUCCCGUCAAAGGCGGUGAGCUGCAAUUGCUGAAUGACAUUGCUGGUAUCGUUAAGCCUGGUCAUCUUACUGCUCUCAUGGGAUCUUCGGGUGCUGGAAAAACCACCCUUUUGGAUGUACUUGCCAAGCGUAAAACCAUUGGUAAAGUUGUAGGCUUACAAUACAUGAAUGGCGAAGCUCUUGGUCGUGAUUUUGAACGUGUUACUGGUUACUGUGAACAAAUGGAUGUGCAUCAACCUGCUUCCACUGUACGAGAGGCGCUUCAAUUUUCAGCUUACCUACGUCAACCUGCCGAUGUCCCCAAGGCGGAAAAGGAUGCCUACGUUGAACAGAUUCUUGAACUAUUAGAAAUGGAAAGCAUUGGCGAUGCUCAAGUCGGUGAUGUUGAAGGCGGCUUUGGUAUCUCUGUCGAAGAACGAAAGCGUCUUACCAUUGCUGUCGAGUUGGUCGGCAAACCAAAACUACUCUUCUUGGAUGAACCUACUUCAGGAUUAGACGCUCAGUCUUCCUUCAACAUCAUUCGAUUUAUUCGAAAGUUGGCAGAUUCCGGCUGGCCUGUCCUUUGUACUAUUCAUCAACCUUCCGCUACUCUCUUUGAACACUUCGAUCAUCUUCUAUUGUUGGUCCGUGGAGGUCGUACAGCAUAUUAUGGUGAAAUCGGCAAGGACGCCCGCACCAUGAUUGAAUAUUUCGAAAGCAAUGGUGGACCAAAAUGCUCACCCCAGGCAAAUCCAGCUGAAUACAUUCUUGAAGUAGUAGGAGCCGGAACUGCUGGUAAAGUCACCCAAAAUUGGGCUGAUGUUUGGUCAGGUUCCCCUCAAGCCCAAGCUCUUACUGAGGAAUUGGACCAAAUCCACCAAAAUUCCAAUCCCGAUCAUCAACGACAUGCUACUACGUACGCACAACCCUUGUUGGUACAAUUUCAAUUGGUUUUCAAGCGUAUGUCCAUUGCAUAUUGGAGAUCUCCAGAUUACAACUUGGGACGUUUGAUCAAUGUCAUGUUCACUUCUCUCAUGACUGGUUUUACUUUCUGGAAGCUGACCUCGUCAGCCAUUGACCUUCAGAACAGACUUUUUGCUCUGUUUGGUACUUUUAUCAUGGCAAACACCCUUAUCAUCCUGGCUCAACCUAAAUUUAUGACUGAACGACAAUGGUUCCGUAGAGAAUACGCUUCCAAGUACUAUGGCUGGGCACCUUUUGCUCUAUCCAGUAUCUUGGUAGAAUUACCAUACAUUAUUGUCCUGGCUGCAUUGUUCAUGAGUGGAUUCUAUUGGACAGCUGGUUUGAAGAAUACACCUGAAGCCUGUGGUUACUUCUACAUCUUAUUGGUAGUAUUCGUCUUCUGGGCCGUUUCAUUUGGUUUUUUGAUCGCUGCUGUUUCUGAAAGUCCAACAGUGGCAGCUGUGGUUAACCCGGUUCUAGUGACCUUCCUCAUUCUUUUUGCUGGUCUUGUCCAAAGCCCCUCUGCCAUGCCGAAAUUCUGGAGUUCGUGGGUAUACUGGCUAGACCCUUUCCACUACUACAUUGAAGGAUUAACGGUCAACGAGCUGGACGGUUUGCAAGUCCAUUGUACCCAGCGAGAUCUGCUCGUUUUCAAUUCACCGCCUGGUCAAACCUGUGGCCAAUAUGCCCAGGCAUUCUUGUCCUAUGCACCUGGCUACAUUGACAAUCCCAGUGCUACUUCGCUCUGCGGCUACUGUCCUUACACGGUUGGUAAUGACUACUUCAACACACUCGGAUGGUCAGCUAUUCACAAAUGGCGUAAUUUUGGUAUCAUUACCGCCUUUUGGAUCUUCAACAUCAUGAUGUUCCUAGCGCUUGUUUUCUGGAACCGCAAGGGUCGCCGUUAAGCGUUUAUUCUAGAAACAGAAGAAAAUAGGCUAAUUCUGUUUUCAACUCCUUGCAUUCUCCCCUUUUUUUUUUCAAUUAGAUCGUUAACAUUUCACACAUACAAUCACUAUCGUCUCUACUUGUACCAUCUUCUCUUCUUGUAUCAUCAGGGCUAUAACACCCUUCAUAUCAAUGUAACACGAAUACAACAAGUUUAUAAUUGUACAA